UCACGUGCCUCUCAUGGGCCGACUGAGAAUUAGGUUAGACAAAUUUAACCUUUUCUCUUCAAAUAAAGGUACGUGUAAAAACCGGCCAAACACCGUCCUGUACUUUCGCUAUUAGCUCCAAACUUCUGGAUCCAGAGAUGACGGGGUUUCGGCGCCGCCUGCUCCUGUUUUUCUUGCUGGUCGCGCCGCCAACUCUGCUGUACGCCAAGCCGACGGGGUGGGAGGGGGGCAGCAACAACAAGUAUGUCCAAGUGAAGAAACACCAGCAGCCGGCUACACAGAGAUCGCCUGUGGUUCUCAUUCCAGGCGACGGGGGCUCUCAGCUGGAGGCCAAGCUGAACAAGUCUUCCUCCCCGCACUACUUCUGCGACAAGACCACCGACGACUACUUCGAUCUGUGGCUGAACAUAGAGCUGCUGCUGCCAUACGUACUCGACUGCUGGGUCGACAACAUGAAACUGUUGUACCACAAGGAGAACCAGACGGUCACCAACAACGCUGGAGUGGACAUCAGGGUGCCGGGGUUCGGGGACACGGAGACUGUGGAGUGGCUGGACGUCAGCCAUGCCAGCAUUAGUUCAUACUUCACCCACAUAGCAGAGGCACUGGUAGCUGCAGGUUACACCAGAGGUGUGGACAUCCGAGGAGCGCCUUACGACUUCAGGAUGUCUCCAUACCGGCGAGAUGUGGACUUCCCCAUGUUUAAACAGCUGAUUGAGGAGACGUACUACAAGAACAACAACAGUCGCGUGGUGCUGGUGACCCACAGCAUGGGCGGGCCCUACGGUCUGCUCUUCCUCAACUCCAUGGACCAGCCCUGGAAGGACAAGUUCAUCAAGUCCAUGGUCACGCUGGCUGGACCAUGGGGAGGGGCAGCAAAAACUCUCAGACUGUAUGUUUCAGGAGAUAACCUGGGUAUCUAUGUGGUGAACCCGCUGUCUCUGCGCCCGGAGCAGCGCUCGUUCCCCAGCAGCGCCUGGAUGAUGCCGUACCCCUCGCUGUUCGACCCGGACGAGCCGCUCGUGUUCACGCCUGACAGGAACUACACCAUACGCGACUACGCUGCGUUCUUCGAGGAUCUGGAGUACGAGGAGGGCUGGCUGAUGAGGAAGGAGACCGAGGGGCUCAUCCGUGACCUCACGCCGCCCGGGGUCACCGUACACUGUCUCCAUGGCAACAAGGUGAAGACGCCGUACCAGUUCUCGUACACAGCGAAGGAGUUCCCAGACCUGCAGCCCUCGGUGAUCUACGGGGACGGGGACGGGACCGUCAACCUGAACAGCGCGCGGGGCUGCCUCAGGUGGCGCGACCAGCAGCAGCAGCCGGUCUUCUACCAGACGUUCGAGGGGGCGGAACACAUGAAGAUACUGGCCAACCAGACGGUCAUCCAGUACAUCAAGGACGUCGCGUUCAGCCCAGAUUUGUGACUAGAACCAGAAGUUCUUGCUGGAAGGGAAGUCACCGCACAGACACAAAAACUCCCUGGCCUGCCGCUUGUGCUGGAACAGGAGAAAGGUGUGCUGCAGGAUGGGCGGAGGAGGGUCCAGCAGUUCCUGUGGAGCUCCAACAUGCUUCUGUGUGUUUGUGCGUUGCAGAGUGCCAUCGUUUUACUGCUAGUGACGUUCUGUCUUGCCAAGAACCGGUGCCAGACAGUCUGCAAGCCUGUCGGGCUGCAGAAGACACAGAGAUGACGUCAAUUUUUUAUACUCCAAUCCACACAAAAAAAUUACAAUCGAGUAACCAGAAAUCUGAUUGCUCAACUGUCUGUCUUCGAAUUCUCAAAGAUCUUCACUUCAGUGACAAAUUUAUUCGCCUUGGUUUAGAUCAAAUUUUAACUUGUUCUAAUUAAAAGUGGCAGCAUUUCCACAGGGUCUUUUUGCAACUGGUGAACAAUGUGGUUGCACAACAAUCUCUCUGUGGACAAAUUUCCUCAGACGAUGCCACUUUAUGUGUCUACUUUAUUUUAAAGUUCUUCCAUAAUGUAUAUAAAAAGUACAUAAUGUCCUUCCAUUAUGAUUUUAAGACAGCACCAGCUGUAAUUAAUUAGCUACAAUUUUCGAUGAGGAAAAAUUUACCUCAAAGCAAAAAGUGGAAUGGAAAUGGGGCAGAAUUUACUGUAAUAUCAGAUUAUAGGCAGCUAUUUUACCAUUGAAUCUAUUAAAGAGAGAUGCCAUUGAGAGUUUAUACAGGUUGAAUGCACAGGGAAUUUCCCCUUGGCUCUUGUUAAAAUAUACAAUUAACAGUGAACCAUGACUUGCCAUAUCUUGCUUGGUGAUAUCAUGCUUGGUGAUAUUGUGUUUGUCCAAUCACCAACAAUGGAACUGUCUCUGAGAUUUGAACCCCCUCCCCUAUUUUCUGAUCCUGGGCCCCUGUCUCUGGGAUUCAAACCCCUGCUUUCUGAUUCAGGACCCCGGUGUCUGUCAGGGAUUCGAACCCCCGCUUUCCGUCCAGGACCCUGGUCUCUGUCUGGGAUUUUAACCCCCUAUCUUCUGAUCCAGAACUCCUGUCUCUAUCUCAGGGGAUUUGAACCCCCACCUUCUGAGCUUCUGGACAUCUGUCCCUGACAUUUUGAAGUGUUCUCUCUUUGACAAGUUGUAAAUUGAUAAUAUUGAAUGUACUUAAAGCUUUUAUUCUAACCUUAGUGCCAAACCGCGUGCGUCUCAUUGACACC